AUACCCACAAUCAAAGUGAUGGCAAAACAUUCCAGUCAAGCUCCGGCUGAUCGCGUAGAGUUUCUCAAGCUUAGUCUUGGCAUUCGCUGCAAAGACACCUUUACUCACAAGACGAUACAACAACGUCGUGCCCAUUUAGACACUCUUCGACGCCAACUGGAACCUGAGGGCCUUACGGGUAUGCAAAGUGGCCUACUUGGUGUGAUGACCGGGCAAUCAGGCCUUUUGAGUAUUACUCAACCGGUUGAUUCUACUAACCUAGGCUUAAUGAGUCAGGUAUGUUUUGAUGAUUCCUUAGAAGAGUGGGCUAUUUAUAAUAGAAUAGGGUUCACCGCGUUGUCGCAACUUGGUCUUGUUGUCAAGGCGACUUAG